GUGUGUUUGCAGAUGAGAAGUGGGACCAACAAGACGACGUGUUUGCCCAUUACGGGCACGCCGCCGUUACUCCGAGCCAAAUCCCGGAUCCCUCCGUAACCGUCUUCUUCCUUGAGAAAGACUUGCACCCGGGUGCCAAGAUGACGUUGCACUUCAUCCGGACCGUCGCCGGCGCUACCCUUCUUCCACGCCAAGCCGCCGACUCCAUCCCCUUCUCCUCCGCGAAGCUCCCGGAGAUCCUUUCCCGCCUCUCCAUCACGCCUUACUCCAUGGAAGCCAAGGCCAUGAAGAAGACCCUUCAAGACUGCGAGGAGCCGGCGAUCGAGGGAGAGACCAAAUACUGCGCCACCUCGGUCGAGGCCAUGGUGGAUUUCAGCACGUCCAGCCUUGGGACUCGUGACGUCCAAGCCCUGUCGACGGCGGUCGAUAGGGAGGGUACACCGACACAGGUUUACAGCAUAUCCAAAGUGCAGAAGCAGCCUAGCUCUAAGGCGGUGGUUUGCCACGGUGAGAAGUAUCCAUACGCUGUGUUCUACUGCCACACGACGAGCGCGGAGGCGUUCAAGGUGUCUAUGGUCGCGAAGGAUGGGACCAAGGUGGAGGGGGUGGCUACAUGCCACACCGACACGGCCGGAUACAAUCCCGAGCAUGUGGCUUUCAAGCUGCUCCACGUCAAGCCCGGGACGGUGCCCAUCUGCCACUUCCUCCCGCAGAGCGAUAUUGUUUGGAUUCCCAACAAAUAGAGCAUCUCAUCGUUGGAGACGAUUGCCCUAGAAAACUUCUAUGGAAGAUUUCUUUGGCUAGGCUAUCCUAUUACAGUUUCAGAUGUUAUGGUGAUGUAUGUCAUGUAUUCCUGUCGUAUAACUAAAACUAGAAUUUAUGUUCAGGUGAACUUUUUCCUUUUUCGUGCUUUUAUUUAUGUGAUGGUGCUCAAGACGUUAGCGUUUACUCACGAUGGCAUAAACUUGCGUUGGACGUAAAUGAACUUGCCCCAGUUUUAGAA